AUGGCUUCCUCAUCGCGUUCAGACCCUCCAGAAGAAUCGACCUUCACAAAAAUGAACGAGAAGGACCCCACGUUAAUCGGUGAGCACUGCCAGUACGCAUACUGUAACCAACUUGAUUUCCUUCCCUUCCGCUGCGAAUCAUGUCGAGGAACCUUCUGCCUCGACCACCGAUCCGAGACCGGCCAUAGAUGUCCGAAAGCUGGAGAAUGGGCUGCGCGGCGGCGGAAGGCGAAUCUGUCAACACCCAGCCUUGGCGCCGGGAGGUCAAUGGCUGAGGUUGAAAAGCCUUGCGCAUCACCGGCAUGCAAGACAGUAAUCGGCACGAGCCUAUCUACGGCGGUGCAUUGCCCGACUUGCAAUAGAGACUACUGUCUCAAGCAUCGAUUAAAGGAAGAUCACGACUGCAAGAAUCUCAUCCCGAUCGGUGCCCGGCCUAGCAAAUUCAACAGCCAAACAGAAAGUGCCCGAAGCGCUUUUGGCAAGCUGAAGGCAUGGGGAACAGCACAAAAGGCCAGCGUAUCAAGAGCUCUGCCAAAACCGAAACCAACGUCCGCAGCUGCGAGGCUGGUGGCUACAAACAAUCUGAAGAAGACGGCAAAGGGCGACGACAAACUCCCUCCGGAAAAGCGUGUAUAUCUGUAUGUUGAGGCAGAAGCGGCAACAACGAAAUCAAAGUUUCCCGAAGGAGCCUUUUUCUACUCGAAGGAUUGGGUGAUAGGCAGAGUUUUGGAUGCGGCUGCUAAGAGCCUACAAGUACAAAAUGUGAAUAACCAAGGGAUGGACGAGAAAGACAAGCUCAGGGUAUUCCACGUUGAGGGUGGAAGGUUGUUGGAAUUCAAUGAGAAAGUUGGCAGUGCACUUGUCAGCGGCAACCGAAUUGUGCUGUUGAGAGGAGUGGGACCACCUGUACCAGAUUUGAUUGAUCUAACAAAGGCAUGA